CCUGCCAGCUGCCCGUGUGUAGCUCAGUCGUGCGUGGGGGCUGUGACCGUGGCCGCCCCACAGGUGGGAAGAGAGAGACCCCCACAUGUGCACGAAGCUGCUAGCCGGCCGGAGAGCGAGCCGCCCUCCGGGCUGGGUGCAGAAAAGAUGUCCCAGCCGACCUCCACAGACGAGGGGGCCACGUUCGAGCAUCUCUGGAGCUCCCUGGAACCAGACAGCACCUACUUUGACCUUCCCCAGUCCAGCCAAGGAAACAACGAGGUGGUGGGCGGCCCAGAGGCUGGCAUGGAUGUCUACCACCUGCAGGGCAUGACCACGCCUGUCCUGUCCCAGUUCAAUCUGCUGAGCAGCACCAUGGACCAGAUGAGCGGCCGCGGGGCCUCGGCCAGCCCCUACACCCCGGAGCACGCGGCCAGCGUGCCCACCCACUCGCCCUACGCGCAGCCCAGCUCCACCUUCGACACCAUGUCUCCGGCACCGGCCAUCCCCUCCAACACCGACUACCCCGGCCCCCACCACUUCGACGUCACCUUCCAGCAGUCCAGCACGGCCAAGUCAGCCACCUGGACGUACUCCCCGCUGCUGAAGAAGCUCUACUGCCAGAUCGCCAAGACCUGCCCCAUCCAGAUCAAGGUGUCCAGCCCGCCGCCCCCGGGCACCAUCAUCCGCGCCAUGCCCGUCUACAAGAAGGCGGAGCACGUGACCGAGGUCGUGAAGCGCUGCCCCAACCAUGAGCUCGGGCGGGACUUCAACGAGGGACAGUCUGCUCCGGCCAGCCACCUCAUCCGCGUGGAGGGCAACAGCCUCUCCCAGUACGUGGACGACCCCGUCACGGGCAGGCAGAGCGUCAUGGUUCCCUAUGAGCCCCCGCAGGUGGGGACAGAAUUCACGACCAUCCUGUACAACUUCAUGUGCAACAGCAGCUGUGUGGGAGGCAUGAACCGGCGGCCCAUCCUCAUCAUCAUCACGCUGGAGACCCGGGACGGACAGGUGCUGGGCCGCCGGUCCUUCGAGGGCCGCAUCUGCGCCUGUCCUGGCCGAGACCGCAAGGCUGACGAGGACCACUUCCGGGAGCAGCAGGCCCUGAGCGAGAGUGCGGCCAAGAACGGUGCCGCCGGCAAGCGCACCUUCAAACAGAGCCCCCCUGCCGUCCCUGCCCUGGGCACCAACGUGAAGAAGAGGAGGCAGGGGGACGAGGACGUGUACUACAUGCACGUGCGGGGCCGGGAGAACUUCGAGAUCCUGAUGAAGGUGAAGGAGAGCCUGGAGCUGAUGGAGCUAGUGCCGCAGCAGCUGGUGGACGCGUACCGGCAGCAGCAGCAGCAGCUCCUGCAGCGGCAGAGCCACCUGCAGCCGGCGCCCUACGGGCCUGUCCUGUCACCCAUGAGCAAAGCGCACGGGGGCGUCAAUAAGCUGCCCUCCGUCAACCAGCUGGUGGGCCAGCCGCCCCCGCACGGCUCAGCGGCCGGGCCCAACCUGGGGCCCAUGGGCCCCGGGAUCCUCAACAACCACGGCCACACCCUGCCGACCGGCGGGGAGAUGAACGGCAGCCACAGUGCCCAGUCCAUGGUCUCGGGGUCCCACUGCACCCCACCACCCCCCUACCAUGCUGACCCCAGUCUGGUCAGUUUCCUGACGGGGCUGGGGUGUCCGAACUGCAUCGAGUACUUCACGUCGCAGGGCCUGCAGAGCGUCUACCACCUGCAGAACCUCACCGUCGAGGACCUCGGCGCCCUGAAGAUCCCGGACCAGUACCGCAUGACCAUCUGGAGGGGCCUGCAGGACCUGAAGCAGAGCCAGGACGGCGGUGCCCCGCAGCUGAUCCGCUCCAGCACCAACGCCUCCACCUUCUCCAUCGGUGGCUCCGGGGAGCUGCAGCGGCAGCGGGUCAUGGAGGCCGUGCACUUCCGCGUGCGCCACACCAUCACCAUCCCCAACCGCGGGGGCCCGGGCGGGGGCGCGGGGCCGGAUGAGUGGGCCGACUUUGGCUUCGACCUCCCGGACUGCAAGUCCCGAAAACAGUCCAUCAAAGAGGAGUUCACGGAGAGCGAGAUUCACUGAGGAGCGGGGCUCCGCAGGACAGCGGGCGCCGAGGGCACAGUGCAGGGCGGGCGGCGGCCCUGGCCUGCACUGCCCGGGAAGCCUGGCUUGGUCUCCUCUUGCUUUUGUCCAAGACCGCCUGUGGAGGCGGUGCCCGCAGGAAAAGGCGAGGCCCACCCCGCAGCACCCUGGACAGCGGGCGUGAUGUGCCAGGGCCGGGACCUGUGCCCUGGGUGCUCCCGAGGGCCGGCGUCACCCACCAUGGGCCUCGUCCUCCUUAGGGCUCCGCGGCUUCCCAGCGGGAUCCUUCAGGACACGAGGAUCGCCUCUGCUGACGGACUGCCAAAGUAUUUUUCCAUGUCUUUUGAGCGGCUCCAGGAUUGUAUCUAAAACGUGUUUAUUUUGGGUCGAUGCUUCAGACCCUGUCUCUGCCCAAGGCUGGGUCCCUCUGCCGGACUGGAGGGUCAGUCUGUCCCUCACUCUGCAAACCAGCUACCUUCCACCUCCUGCCCAAAGAGGAAAACCAGAACCUCCCUGGAAAUGGAGGGGCCCAGGGGCCAGUGCGUUUGCCACGGUCCUUCCCGGGAGGCAAGGACACUUCUGGUCAGUGGCCACCAGCCAACACCCACGCCAACACCACUGGCCACAGCCGCCUCCCUUCGGCGGACAGCAUGCUCGUCGGACUACUGGAAAUUGUCCAUAUUUGAUAAAAUGAUUCUCUUUGUA